UAAAGCAGAGAGACUGGAAAGUGGCAUGCUCUAAUAGGUUUUGAAGUAGUAAAAUGGAAAUUGUAGGUUCCGACGGGUCGGAAAUCCGGGUCAAACCCGGUUCAACCAUCGAAUUCGGUAGAGGAUUGGGGUUCACCUCCUCCGACCGAACCGUUUCUCGCCGUCAAAUCUUGUUCCAUUCACACGAAAAAGAUGAAACUAAGCUUAAUUUUGAAGUUGUAGGAAGGAAUCCCAUUUGGGUAUACAACAAUCGAAAUGGUGAAGUACGAGCUUUUAAGCAGUAUGAAAGAGGGGAAAUGGAGAAUGGGGACAUGUUCUGUGUUUCUGCUAGUAAACCAAAUAUUUGGUUUACUUUGAAAUCAAUUGAGUUUGACGAUGAAGAUGAAAGGAGUGAGAAGAAAGAGACGGAAAUGGAGAGCCAGUUGGCUGAAAGUCUUCGUAGUAGUUUAUGUCCAGUUGGGUUUGAAUUGGAUGUGGAGAAUAUUGAUAUUUCCGGCAUUGACCCUGUUCGAG